GCCGCGAUUUGGUUGGUUUCUGCUGUCGCCGGCUUCAACGUUCAUAAGACGAAAAUCUGCUAAGUCUAGCUCCCUUGUCUAUUCUCUAGUGCGAUCGAGGACGACCGUCAUGCCAAGUAUGUCUAAAGGCUCAGCGCCAGUGCCCAGGAUACAAGCCACCUGCUCCAGCUUGGUUGUUCCAUGACCAAACGCGGGAGAUUAGCAGGCGGGUGAGUCGAUUGAAAACAGGUAACAUGCCGUACAGAACCUUGGCAAAGAAACAAAACGGAUGGAGUGAUGAUGCUCCGGAUGGCGCACCUGCGCAGUCGUCAAUCACAUCACCCAUUCGCAAUUCGCUUAGACUGUCCGUCACGGAGCUGGCAACAUGUCAUUUUCUUUCCAACUUCGUUCUACUUCCUCGUUUCCACGGCGUUCGGGGUUAUCUUGAAUUUGUGCUUCCACUACUAGUGCUCAAUGCAAGUUCACCGUCCAAAUUGCCACACUUCAAGUACGCAUUUGAAGCGUGUGCCUUGGCUUGCUUUCACUUCCGUGUCCAACGCGGAAAGACUUGCGGCCUUAUUGCUCGUGGACACUAUGUUAAAGUAAUAUCUGCCACAGCCACUGCCCUACAGGACCCCGAAUUGUCGAACCAAGACUCCACACUGGCUGCUAUCUUGUUACUAGGCUACUUCGAAAACUUUGUCGGCGAAAAGGCAGGCAUAGCGGCAUGGAGUUCGCACAUUGAGGGGGCUAUUCAGUUGGUCAAAGCGAGAGGAUCGGCUCAGAUGCAAACGCCCAUCGGCCGAGACCUUUUCUUGACUGUUCGCGCCCAGAUGGUAUAUCACCGCUAA